AUGUCUGAAAGUCAAUACGAUGAUCCAACAACAAGUAAAAAUGCCAGUCAACUCGAAGAUAAUCACCUCAACUGUUGUGAAUAUAUACGCCAAAAAUAUCCAGAAUUGAAAAACCAAUUGAAAAAGGAUUUCACUAAGUUAACACCAGAAAGUAUGGCUAUGCUAGAAAUCUAUCGUACUAAAAAAGCUGAAAAUUGUGCACUGGAUAAACAAAGUAUUAGUCAAUUGUUACAAGAGAAUAAAGCCUAUGGUGGUAUAAUGGAUCAUAUUCAACCGGAAAGUUGGCAAACUGGUCUAGAAGAUUGUAUGCAUUUUUAUACAAAUCGAUGGAAAGAGUGGGUAUGUUAUCGUCUUGGUCAUGAUGAUCACGAUCGUAAUUCAAUUCGUGAAUACAAUACCCGUUUCACUUUACCAAUGGAAUUGAAAGAAUUACAAGGAUUAGGUCCAAUGGAUUAUUGUCUUCGAUAUUGUUUUUUAUCAACAAAACGUACUGGUCUUUAUCAAAGAAUAUUUUCUAAAAUGAAAGAUAAUCGUCAUAGAAAAGUUAAUUUAAAAGUAGUUAUGGAUUCAAAUGGAAAUCUUCUUGGUGGUACAUUGACUAAAGAACAAGCUGAUGAAUUGGCCAGCUUAUUUGAAUUAUCCGCCGAUUGUAAACCACUUACACUGAAUGAAUUCUAUAUAUUAUGUGCUGUUGCUGAAAGAUUAUACUAUCAAAAAAAUUUGUAA